AUGAGUGAUAACAUAAAGAAACCAAUUGAUAAGAAAGAAUUAAAAACGAAAUUGACUCCGCUCCAGUGGCAUGUGACGCAAGAGAAGGGUACGGAGAGGCCAUUCACGGGCUGUUAUAAUAAGCAUUACGAGGGUGGCAUUUACACAUGUAUUGUCUGCGAGCAAGAGUUAUUCUCAUCCGAGAAUAAAUACGACAGUGGCUGCGGUUGGCCAGCCUUCAACGAAGUGCUGGAUCAGGGCAAAGUGAAACUUACCAAGGACACUAGUCUCGACAUGGUGAGAACUGAGGUCACUUGCUCCAAUUGCGGAGCACAUCUGGGACAUGUGUUUAACGACGGACCAAAACCAAAAAGAAAGAGAUUCUGCAUUAACUCGGCUUCGCUCAAUUUCCAUCCGGCCAAUGAGAAGAAGGAAUAA